UUCUUGGGACAGAUUACGAGAAGAAAAUGGCAACCGUGAGUGUACUUAAACAGUAUGCCGAGGACCGAGACAUUGAUAUGUUAGGACGGGCAUUAAAGGCUAUCCUCAAAACUCCUCAACAAAAGAAAAUAAUGAAACAGAUAAGACCAUUCAUCCCACCUCGACAAAGACACAGAUUUGACGAUUUUAUCAAGGAGAAUGAAGUACUCCAUAAUAAUCAUGAAGAUGAUGUAUCACCAGGAGGUCUGAGAAAUGGUGUAAAAAUAACAGCAAUAGUACAUAGAGAAGAUGGAAGUUUUGGAUUUGUAUUAGCAGGAAAUAAUCCAGUAUUUAUAGAAUCAGUAGAACCAGGUGGUCCGGCUGAUAGGGCGGGGCUGUUAGCAGGAGAUUGUAUUGUCAAUGUUAACAAAAUAGAUGUCAGGUAUAAUUGA